ACUAGUUCUUGGAAGAUGAUCUAAAUUAAACAUAUAUUAUACAUUCUAAAUUAGUGCGCCAGGGAAGUUCCCUACAUAUAUGUUUUGUGACGCACUCUAGAAUCUAUAAAAGCACAAGCAAAAGCCUUUAUCGUCAGUUUUCCGCAAUUUGUAUGGGGACAUAGAGAAAACCUCAAGAAUAAUACAACAUCAAGUUUCGCUAAAUUCUUGUUUUGUCGUUCCAAUUAUAAAAGGUAAGUUUAAGGGAAGGUACUAUAGUGUGUUUGUUUUGUGUUUGCAGUAUAUAUCGUUGAAUAAAAACAGCAUAAAACGAUCGGUGUUUUGGAUAAAACCAUUUGUCAAAGACGGAGGAUGCAUCAUCAUAUUCAUAAAGAGUACAGAAAAGUUGCGCUGAAUCUGAGCAAUAGCCGGUACGCAUAACUAGAACAUGGUGACAAAUGAAAGUAGAAAAGCAAUAAAUGAGCGAGUAGAUACAUUAUGAACGGGAUAUUGUACAAAACUGGCACAAUAGCUCAGCUGCAGUACGAGUCCAAGACUCCAAGACCAGCGUCAGACACUCACCCUUGGCCUUGCGUAGCGCAACUUUCAAAAUCGUAUUGUGAGAGAUCGAAUCCUUCAUUUCAGUGAACUGAGUUGAAUGUUUCAUUGUCGUAGCUAGUUAGUAGUAUUAUUUACAGGUACAUAUAUAUUCAUUAGUUAUGGCAUGCUUUUUCAAUUGUUACACUGUAUAUUACACAGUCGAUCGUCUGUUAUAUGGUUUCCUGAAACAAUAAGUUCAAUUUCUGCUUUAAACUGUUUGAUAUUCGAGUCACAACUAACUAAUUCUAACCCAUAUUUUGUCCGAUCCAUAAUUUUUGACGUAUCAACGAUCAACUGUACUCGAAUUCGUCCCGUUUUGGCGUCCAGUGUCAACUCGAAAAGUGACAUCGUGAAUAUUUGGUUCCGAUAUGAAUAAACUUAAGUCUUUUAUAACCAGCGAAACUAACGACAGCUAAAGCCAGACUCAGAAAGCUGUUUUCUGACCAUCAAAAUUCUGUCAAAUCUUCCCCAAAGUCCAGGAAAUGGCGUUUGAGAGACCCUAAAUUUAAAAAUUUCCCCGGGCCUUCGGCGCUCGCUUUCAACAAUAUCGAAAGUAUGAUCGUGGGAAUGAAUAUGCAAAUUUCAACAACAAACAAAACAAUCGGAAUAUGAACAUUUUAAUACAGUUUAUAGCUUAAUUCCGACAACGUUUUAGUCAGCAUCAGAUUCCUGAUGAUGUCAAUUUCCAUUAGGAUACAGGGCCGUAGCAACCGAGGGGACUGGGGGGUUGCAGCCCCCGCCCGCCCCCCCCCCCAAUAAUUUGCUAAUAAUCAUUCUUUUUUCCAAAUCAUGCAGACCUUUAUCAAUUUUAAGCUUUAUUAAUUUUAAGCGCCUACAUUAUCCAUGACAAACUGCAAGGAAUGAAGAUAUUACCCAUACUUUCCUGCAACUUAUCCAAUAUAUAGUUAAUUAAAUACACCUUCACCCAUUUAGUACUACCAAAUUGUAAAUUUCGACAUACUAAAACGCUGUUUUCUGACCAUCAAAAUUCUGUCAAAUCUUCCCCAAAGUCCAGGAAAUGGCGUUUGAGAGACCCUAAAUUUAAAAAUUUCCCCGGGCCUUCGGCCCUCGCUUUCAGCCCCCCCCCCCCCGAUCAAAAAGAAAUUCCUACGGCCCUGGGAUAUGAUCGCUAAAGGAUAUUCGAACGCUAGAAAACAUUCAAAUGUUCAUAUUCGGUCGAGAUACCAUAUUUGUUUUGUACAGUUUUAGUAUUCAAAAAUAGUCAACCGUGCUUCUUGUAAUUGGAAACAUAUUCUCGGUAAACUGACGAAAACAAAAGUGAAAGUGGGCGUUACAGCACGUGACUGCGCGCUGACUGACUCAAAUCGCAAGAAUAAUCUUCUGUAUUGUCAAAGAAGCCAUUGGCGAACAAUAUUGAGGACACAGGGCAACCGCCCCCCCCCCCAAUUUUCUGAAGGCCUUUGAAUGGUAGCUAAAGCCUGGUUCACACAUAUAUGCCUGCGACGUGCCUGCGAAGUACCGGCGACGAUGCCGGUGGUAGCUUAAAACGUAAAUUAUGUGAAUAUUUGUUCGCCGAUUGCCUCCAGUGCCACAGUUACAUCGGCGGUAGGCCGGGAAAGUUGAGUUGAGUUCAACUUUGCCGGUAUUUCGGCGGCAAGUAGAGGCAUAAUGAUACAGUCGCAGGCAUGCCGCAGGCAUAUGUGAACCAGGCUUAAAUAAAAUACAAUAAUUUUUCAACCAUAGCUACAUAUACAAUCAUUUUUUCAACCAUAACUGAUACAAUAAUUUUUCAACCAUAACAACAUUAUUUGGUAGGCUACGCAUUCACCUGUAUAUGUAUGAAAUCCGAAGUUUAUGCAAAAAGACGUUUACAAGACUGGAAUUUUUAGGCCUAUCAGGUACUAAAGGUAGCCACAUGUCAGCAACCAAAUCCACCCCCCUCCCCAAUAUUCCGCGAAGUGAGACGAAGCUAUUCUAUUCUAUUUUAUUUUCAAACUAGGAAACAAAAUGCCAACUAUGUUGCUAACAGAAAAAAACCAAGUGCAAAACAUCGAGGGAACUCAUCAGUGUGCACCGAAAGGCUCCAAAACCUGGAAGCGGUACUGGAUGCAUGAGACUGGUCGAGAGUGGCCUAAGAAAUGCCGGAUCAGCGGAUGUAGUGAAUUGGCUAUCGGUGGAGGUCAUGUCCAUAUUUAUGGCCACUCGACUGAAGUGUAUAUUAUACCUAUGUGUAAUUCGUGUAAUAAUACGCAAAAUAAAUCGUGGAUGACGGUCAAAACCCGCACAGAAGCUGUGAAAGUUGAGAAAGCUGACACAAGUGGGCCCGAAGGAGCUUGCUAUAAAUAAUUGCAACAACUUUAUAACAAGUUCUUUGAAUGUUUGCAUGGCGAUAAAAUAUAAUUGUUUUUGUUUGUGGAAACACCACGUAAAUUUAUUACUGCAAAGCUUUCGAUCCGUAAGCCCGGAUCUUCAUCAGUGCUAAUCAUAGUGCUAAUCAUAUUAUUAGCACUGAUGAAGAUCCGGGCUUACGGAUCGAAAGCUUUGCAGUAAUAAAUUUACGUGGUGUUUCCACAAACAAAAACAAUUAACUUUAUAACAGUAUUACAAUAGUUUUGAAAAUUGAAAGAAUAAGCUGCUUAAUUAAAAAAUGUUGUUGACAAAAAAUUAGUAUGUAAUGUCUGUAAUGCGACAUAUGUAUAUACCAUAAGUCCAUAAAAUAGGCUUUAUACUUGAAUUAAAAGCCCAAGUCACACUACACAACGAUAACGAUAUGAUAACUUGUAAACACGAAAUGAUUGGUCAAUUAAUAAAAUCAUGUUGGUGUCCACACCACAACGAAAACGAUAAAAUUAUCGUUUGAGGGAUGUUAAAAAUCAGUCGGACGAUAACGAUAAAUGUUUUGACGAAUCAGUGCGCGUAUACAAGUUUAAUAUUAUAUCGUUUAAAUCGUUGUGUAGUGCGGUGACCUGGGCCUUCAGACUAAGCCGAAAGAAUCUGAAAAUUUUCUUCGGAAAAUCUUAAUAUAUUUAGUGCAUUUUAACUUUGUUACAUGUAUUAAUAGUGUAAUAGUGUUUCUGAUCUUUAUAUUGCUUUAUAUAUAUUCAUUGUAAAAAUAUAUAUUUAAUCUGUUCAGGUGUAUAAGUUGCAAUAAAUUGAAUUUG